AUGAAGCUCUUUCUUUUACUUUUGCUUUGGCCUGCCUUGGUGAGCAGUACUCCCACCUUAGCCGAAUGUGGAGCUGAAGCCAGGAGACCAAAGCUGGAUGACAUUGCAGUGGAGUGUGGAACUACAUCCAUAAAUCUGGCCAUUCAGAUAUGUCCAGUUGUUUACACCGGUUACAAUGAGUCUCAGCUGGUCAUGAACAACAUACUGAGCUCAGCCUGCGGGGCCACUCUGGACAUCAGUGUCUUCCCUCCUGUGGCCCGCUUCAGCUUCCCCCUCAACUCCACCAAUGCCUGUGGAAGUAACUUCAGGUACACCAGCUCCCCCGGGACUGGGGUCUUUGCUGAUUUCUCCAACAUCCAGAAUGUCAACAUCAGUGGCAUCAUCCGAGGAGCAGACCCUACCAAAGGCACCAUCACGUACAACGCAGAGCUGAAAUACUACUACUCUUGUGCCUAUCCCUUAGAGUACCUCGUCAACAACACUCAAAUUGAUGUGUCAGGGUCCUCUGUUUCAAUCAAUGACAAAAAUGGCACCUUCUUGAGCACCUUGAAAUUGAAGCUAUUCAGUGACUCUGCUUAUACCACUCCCUUCCUGAUCCCCCAAACAGGCAUUGAGUUGCGGAAAAUAAUCUAUGCUGAAGUUAGUGCUAUAAAUUUGACCACCCAGUACCAUGUUCUACUUGACCGGUGUUAUGCCUCCAUUUCAGCACUACCAGCAAACUCCAGCUUUUUCAACUUGUUUGUGCCCUGCUCCAAAGACAAAUCCACCACAAUAGUUUCUAAUGGUGUGAGUCAGUCUGCUAAAUUCUACUUCCCAGCGUUCCGUUUCAUUGAGCAACAAAAUGAGAACGUGUCCACCUACUAUCUCCAUUGCAUCACCCGGUUGUGUGAGAAGAACACCUGUGACACCUUCAAGCAAUGCGCCACAUCCAGGAGAAGAAGAGAGAUCAAUGAGUUAGACCCUGACAGCGUCUACACCCUCACCUCUCCAGAGAUCAUCACCAAGCCCUCCUUACCUGUCCAAAGCGCACAAACCUCAGCUACCAACAACAAUCAAAACUCAUCUGUGGGUCUCGGCGUGGCGGUUGGGGUUUUGGCGUGCAUCUGUGUCAUCGGUCUUAUUGUAGGUGCUGUGUUUUACAAAAAGCUUAGAAACUGACGAGGCUUCUUAUAUUCGGGACAUUUCCUAGAGAAUUCCAACUCCCUUUUCAAGUUUUUGGUGAUGGAUUGACCCCAAGAUGCUUAUGAAUGUUCUACUAUAUUUUAAAAUGUAGCAUAUAUGUGUAAAGCUUGCAAUAGGGUAUGCACCAUUUUAUGAUUAGGUAAAUGUUGUAGUCUUGAAAAUUCAUUCAAUGGACAAAGAAAGCUAUAAGUGUUAUUGCAUGUAUGCACUUUAUACGCUUUUAGGGACAGGAGACAGCAAGAAAAUGGCAAUAAUUUUGGAAAGCUUGUAUAAGCUUGGAAGUGUUGUGAAAGUGAAGUUAAAGUACUUUUUAAAGUAUUAUGUGUAACUUAUUGAAGUGACCUUGAGAUAUGAAAAGAAUAUGUAUUCAAAAUGUGUUGCUUUAAGAAAUUACAAAUCUAUCCAUAAAGCACCUUGAGUUAAUCAGUAAAGUUAUAUUAGAAACUUCCUUGGAACUUAGCAAAGUUAUCUCAAAA